GCAAACAAACACGAAAAUGUUGAGAAACAAACAAAAAGUGAUCCUGGUGAACCCUCGUAAUAAGUUCCUGGGGGGUUGCUAGCUCCUCACCUUGCAUAAUUAUGUGGGGAACUGCAUUAACGUUCAGACCCAGUUUUCUACGUCGGCACCAACCACUCAGCAUCGUCUGAUGUUCUAUGGCAAACCCGAGGCCUAGGGGCAAUCUCCUAAAAGGUCACCUCUCUCCUGGCAAGUACUAGGGAGGAUGGCUCAUUUAUAACAAUCGUUUCCGGGCAGUCGAGGCCUUGUCUAUGGGGAAGGAGCUUGGAGAAGUUGACGUGACCAUCGUAUUCGGCGUCGUGGCAACUCUCCUCUCGGCAUAUGUAGUACGUUGAUGGAAAAACCGAGGGUAAAUGUGGACCCCGCAUUUUUAUGCUCCAGUUAGUGAGCUUCUCCCUACUAUGCACUUCUCUUGCUCUGGUGUUAUGUCGAAGAUCGGCGUCUUUCCUAUAUAAGAGGGGGCAUUGCGGAGCAACCGAGGGACUUUCAAUGUCGGCUAUAAUGCACUUGCUAGGAAAUACAAGAUCGUCGAAAUCUCCGCAUUCUUAUCCUCUCUUACAUAUACAUUGUCUGCUUCGGUACGUUACAGGUGUUGUUAUCACUCUGUAAAUUAAUUAGAGCACAUACCAAAAUGAGCCUCGCAGCUGCAGUCGCUGGUGGAGCGACAUUGGCGGCGUAUCUCAACGCCAAAUUCCACAUCUCCAAGGAUGUCUCCAGUCUUUUGAAUGUCCGGCGCAGCGAGCGCGAGUAUGCGCGCGCCGUCUCCCAGAAACAGGGCAAUAUCUGGUUCUUUUUCAAAGAAACCGCUGCUCGAUAUCCCGAUAUGGUCUGCAUUUGGACGCGGGAGCGAUCAUACACAUAUCGCGAAAUCAUGGCAUUCGCGAAUCAAUACGGACACUUCUUUUUAUCGAAGGGCGUGAAGAAAGGUGAUCUUGUGGCGUUUUAUUUGCAGAACCGGGCCGAGUUCAUCUUCGCGUGGAUUGGGUUGUGGAGUAUUGGAUGCGCGCCAGCCGCGAUCAACUAUAACUUGUCGGGCGAUGCACUGCUGCAUUGUUUGAAGAUCAGCGGUGCCAAGCUGGUGCUGGUGGAUGAUGAUGAUGAGUGCCGUGCCCGCAUAGACGAGCGCAAAUCGUCGAUCGAGGGCGACCUCGGCAUGGAGCUUAUCACGGUAGAUCCUACGUUUACUACCACUGUGCUGUCACGAUUCCCCACAGACGUUCCUGAGAAUGGCCGUCUGGCAUUGAACAUGGAUGGCGAGUACCCGGCUAUUCUACUAUAUACAUCCGGCACUACGGGCAUGCCGAAAGGCUGCGCCUUCACGAUGUCCCGGUUAUACACCACGGUGCUCAUACGCUCUGGCGGCAUGGUGGCAGACAAACCAGGCCCCAACGGCGAUCGUUGGUAUAGCUGUAUGCCCCUUUACCACGGGACCUCAGCAAUUGCCAUGAUGAACUGUGUUGUGAGCGGAAGGGGCAUUGGUCUGGGCAAAAGGUUCAGUGUGCGACAAUUCUGGAAUGAUAUUCGGGAUUCUCAAUCAACGUUUUUUGUUUAUGUCGGAGAGGCAGCACGUUAUUUACUCGCUGCGCCCCCCUCGCCUGAUGAUCGAAACCACCGGGUGCGUUGUAUGUACGGCAACGGCCUACGCCCGGACGUUUGGGACAAGUUCCGAGAACGCUUUGGCAUAGCAGAGGUGGGAGAGUUCUUCAAUAGCACCGAAGGCAUCUUUGCACUUUUCAACUACAACACUGGGCCGUUCACGAGCGGUAGUGUCGGUCACCACGGACUGAUCAUGCGUUUGCUGCUGCACAACGUGUUCAUACCUGUGGCCAUUGACCCAAAUACCGGCGAUGUCCUCCGUGAUCCUAAAACGGGCUUCGUUGUGCGGGCCCCUUAUGAGACUGGCGGUGAAAUUAUCGUGAACGUUCCAAAUCAAGAGGCUUUCCAGGGCUACUGGAAGAAUGAGGAUGCAACCUCAAAGAAGUUCUUGCGCAAUGUGUUCCGCAAGGGCGAUAUUUACUAUCGAUCCGGAGAUGCUUUGCGCCGUCAAUCUGAUGGUCGGUGGUACUUCUUGGAUCGCUUAGGAGAUACGUUCCGGUGGAAGAGCGAGAAUGUUGCCACCGCAGAAGUUGCCGAAGUCCUAGGUCAAUAUCCCGGUAUCCUCGAAGCCAAUGUCUACGGUGUCACUGUUCCACACCACGAAGGCCGGGCAGGCUGCGCAGCUCUUCAAAUCAACCCAGAGGCUAAGGCAAACUUCAACUUUCAAGAACUUGCCAGGUUCGCUCGUUCCCGGCUCCCUAAAUAUGCUGUCCCAGUGUUCCUGCGCAUUGUGGAGAGCUCGACCCAUAUCCAUAACCACAAACAGAACAAAGUGCCGCUGCGAGAUGAAGGGGUCGACCCAGAUAAGAUUGGGACUAAGGUCGAGGAGGGCAAAGAAGAUCAAUUCUACUGGCUGCCUCCAGGGGAUCCGUCAUAUAAGAAGUUCGGUAGGGGCGAUUGGGAGGUAUUACAGAGUGGUAAGGCUCGACUAUAG